AUGCACCUUACUGAACAACAACUCAACUUUUUCCACACCUUCGGCUUCAUCCAUAUCCCACAACUUUUCCAGCCGGAUGAGGUCACUUGGAUUAUCGAGGAAUUUGAGCACGUCCUUGAUACUUACGGGAAAGGCGAUGGACACGACGGUUCACAACGGACCAUGAUUGUUCCCACGAUCGAUCACAGCGAAAAACUCUGCACACUGCUCGACGACCCACGCGUUGUCGGUAUCGCCUCCGAUAUUUUGGGGGACGACUUUAACUACGCUUCGGGCGACGGCAACUACUACAGCGGGGAUACCGGCUGGCACGCCGAUGGCGGAUACCCUGAAAUUUUCGCGAUCAAAAUAGCAUACUAUCUCGAUCCGCUGCGCCGUGAUACCGGCUGUUUGCGCGUUAUGCCGGGCAGCCAUCGGCCCGACUCCUUUUGGCGGACAGGGAAUGUGGCGCCGAGAGAUUCUGAAGAGUUAUGGGGAGUCCCACCCUCCGAGGUUCCGGGGAAUGUCGCCCUAGAAACGAACCCCGGUGAUCUGGCAAUCUUCUAUCACGAUACCUUCCACGCCUCCUUCGGCGGCAGCGAACGCCGGCGCAUGUUUACCAUGAAUCUGAUUAAGCAAGGGGUAACGGAGGAAGGGAUCGCGCGCGUGGAUCAAUACCUCCGUCAUCACUGCCCUGUCGCACACGGGUUCAAAAUCGGCGGCAUGUACACCGACUGA